AAACAAGCGUGUGUUUAAGCAGUUAAAUUGCCUCACGCGUGGCGUUAGAUUGCGCAGGAUCGCUGCAGCAAAAAGGUCAUUUGAAACUGCAACGUCUUUGAUCGUUUGACGCUUGCAACACCAAACCCCAGACUGCUAAGAUGUACUCCGUCUUCGAGGAGCACUCGACAGAAGGCCUCACGGAGGACGCCACCGACAGCGCGGAGUCCGUGGAGAGACGGAGAGAAGAGGAAGAGGCGCUCAGGGCCAUUUUCGGGGACGACGCCGUCGCCGUCGAGGAGAGCGUUGAUGCGUUAGGAACGAUACGCAUCACGCUCGAACCCGGGAUCUGGAACGCGGAGGCGACGGCGAUGCCCCGGCUCACGCUCUCGUGCUUGAGGCGACGGGGCUAUCCGGAAAAGCGACCGGUCGAGGUGGACCUGCGCGACACAAAAAACGUGCCGGGCGCGGCCCUGCGCGACCUGCGCGCCGUGCUUAGUAAAGAGGCGCACCAAGCGGUCGGCGAAGUCGCGAUCCACGGCCUCUGCGCGGCCGCCGUCGACGCGCUCGAGGACUUGGAACGGGGCGCGCUGCCGCUCUCGGAGCGCGCGAAGCGCCGCGAGGCCGACGCGGCGCAAAAGGCGACCGAGUCCGAGGCGCGCGCGCGCGCGGCCCAGGACAAGGAGCGCCGCGCCGCGCUCGAGGCCGAGCGCGAGGCGCGCGCCGCCGCGCUGCGGGCCGAGCAGGAGUCGCAGGCGCGGCGCCGGUCCGAGAUGCGCCGGUCCGCGGAGCCGCUCAUUACCGGUGGCUCCGGGUCGUUCAACGACGGCUCGUCGUCGUCGUCGUCGGGCGACGAGCUCGGCGGGCCGCUGCAGUCGCGCUACGCGUCCGACUUCAAAGAAAGGCGCGUUCUCGGGCGGGGCGGCUGCGGGGAAGUGUGCGAGGUCCUGAACCGGUUAGAUAGGAGGACCUACGCGAUCAAAAAGGUGCGCCUCACGGGCGGCGCCUCCCGCCGCGACGCGCGGCGCCAGCUAAGGGAAGUGGAAGCUUUAGCAGCAGCCUUCCACCCGCACGUCGUGCGGUACUACCAGGCAUACGUCCGCGCAGAAAUCAAAGCUCGCCGGUCCCAUAGCGGUUAACCUCCACGCAGGCCUGGAUCGAGGGCCUCGAGGACGCGCCCAUCCAAGAGGAGUUCUCGCUCUUGGACGGCUUUUCGGACGAGGACGACGACAGCGACUCGGACAUCAUCUCGUCGUCGUCGAAUUUGACAGGGAAGCCCGCUACUACGACGCUGUACAUCCAGAUGGAGUUCUGCGCGGCGACGCUGCGCCAGCUGAUCGAUACAAGACGUUUAGAACAGCGGCGCGACGACCAGUGGCGAUUGCUGCGGCAGAUUUUACUAGCCUUACAAUACCUGCAUGACAAGCUCUUGGUGCACCGCGACUUAAAACCUGCAAAUAUCAUGCUGGAUGCCCAGGGAAAUGCUAAAUUAGGCGACCUCGGCCUCGCGACGACGAUCCGCGACCGCGACGAGCAAAUCACGCGCCAGCUCUCGCUCGUCGACGAGGACGACGAAAGCGCCGCGAACGACGACACGGCGACGUCGAUGACGCGCGGCGUCGGCACGUUUCUGUACCGGGCGCCGGAAGUCGCGCAGCACAGGGCCUACGACAGCGGCGCGGACAUGUACUCGCUGGGUGUUGUGGCCUUCGAAUUACUUAGAGGCGCGCCUUAUGGGACGGCGAUGGAGCGCGUCGAGUCCAUCCAGGCGCUGCGCAAGGCGGGCGAGCGCGUGCGGAGCAGUGGGAUGGAAGACUGCUUCGACGCUGAUACGGACGGUCGCGUCCGGGAGUUGGUGUUGGGGCUCGUGCGGGCCGACCCCGCGCAGCGGCCCUCGGCCGCGGAUUUGCUGAACGGGCCCCUGCUCCCGGCGCCGCGCGAGCUCUCCACCGAAGUCCUGGACGCCGCUACAAGCGCUUUGCGCAACCCCCUCAGUCCGGCCCGCGCGACUUUACUGGAUGCCCUCUUCGGCGCGCCGACGUCCGAGCUCGUCGACGUGGCGUACGACCAGAACGAGCGCGGCGCGUUCUCAUUGAUGGCUUUAAGGGACGCGCGCGCGCGCGAGGCCGCACGGAGACGCGUCGUUGAUCAGUUGGAGAAGGCCGGCGCCGCGCCCCUGGACGCGCCUUUAUUACGUCCGAAGCCGCCGCCGCGCGACGACAUUGAUGAUGGAGAUGAGGUCGUCCUCGUCGACGCGAGAGGCACGUCCGUGCUCCUGCCGCGCGAGUCGACGACGUCCUUCGCGCGGCGCGUCGCGCGCUCGGCGCUGUCGCGCCGGAAGGCGCGCGCCAGCUUCGGCACCUGCAAGCGGUAUGCCUGCGCCAAGGUAUUCGCGCCGACGGCCGCGGGCCCACCCCAAGAACGCUUGGAAAUAGCCUACGACUGCGUGAGCCGCGCGGCGCCCGAGGCCGUCGUUUGUGGGGAGGCCCUGGCGCUGUGUGUCGACGCCUGCCGCGCGGCAUCAGACGACGCGGACCUGGCCGUCGAGGUGCGCGCGUCGCACGCGAGUCUGGCCCCGGCGCUCGCGGGCCUGCGCCAGACGGCGCCGCCGAAGAUCCGCGACGCAUUGGAUGCCCAGGGCGGAAUCCUGCGGGGCGGCGCCGUGCAGGCGCUCGAGCGCCUGCGUUCUCUGUUGCGACGGCCCGUGUCCGACGUGGCGAAGCGCUUCGAAGGGUGUCGCAGAGAUGCUGCGGGCGCCGUCCGCGAUCUCUUCGACGCCGUGACCUGCGCGGCACUCGCGGGCAUCGAGGACGCGGACGACGCGCUGCAGCACGACGAGGCCGAGGCGGCACUCCCGAUCAGUCGCGUGUCGUCGUCGCCGCAGUCCUGGGACCAGCGCGGGGGGCACAUGCGCCACCGCUCGUCGAUCCCGGACGAGAACGACGUCGACGCCGUGCGCAAGGCGGCGCGCCGGUGCUCGCGGGUCGAGGCCUCGACGACCAUUCUCGUUGAUGAGUCUCUAGUCGCGGCGGCGCCCUACGAGGGCGUCUUCUUUGAGGUACGGGCGAACGACCGCGUCGUCGCUGUCGGUGGAUGCUAUGGCGACGUUGUGGCUAGGAAUGUGGCGCCGGUGGAGCGCGCGUCGCUCGCGGACGCGGCGGUCGUCGCCGCCGGCUUCCGCCUCGACCUGGACGCGGCGCGCCCGUCCGCUGAGGACAUCGAGGCAGCCAAGGCGGCCGCGGAGAGCGAGGGGCGCGCCGUCGCGACGGAGGCCUCGCUGGACGUGCUCGUCGUCGACGAGGAUGGCAACCUACGUCGCGCGCUCGCGGUCGCCGCGGCGUUGCGCCGCCGCGGCUUCGCUGCCGACAGUGUGACGGCCGAGCGGGUCGAUAGGCACCGGCCGGCGCCGCUCGCGCGCGCCGCGGCCGCGGGCGUCCCGUGGCUCGCCCAGGUCUACGGCGACGGCGCGAUACAGCUCGCCGACGCCAAAGAGGCCCGCCCGCCGGUCGUGUGCGACGACGUCUCGGCCGCGGCGGACGCCCUCUCCAAAUUAGUGAGGACGAGCGACGACGUAGAAGUGGCCGUGCGCGCGGGCAUCGCCGCGGGCGCGGGCAUCGCGCGCGCCCUGGCCGCCGACGACCACCACGACAAGACACUUGUGCCGUAUGUGCACUGCGCGGCUCCAACAGCGCCGCGGCGCGCCGACGUCGCGGCGCGCUGCGUCUCGGCGCUCGAGGCCGCGGGCCUGCGACGCGUGCGCCUCGUCAAGCACGGCGAGGGCUCGCCGCGCUGCGUGUCCGUCGACGCGAAGCUCGCGUCGCUCCGCGCCGUCGGGAGCCGCCUGUCGGCCGCCGAGGGGCCCGACGACGUCGCCGACGUCCAGGCGGAUUUAGAUAGGGACAAGCAGAACAAGGACCGCCUGGCGCUCCAGUCGUUCGUCAAGGAGUGCCAGGCGGCGGCGGGCGGCGCCACGCACGGCCACGUCCUCGUCUACGCGUACUCGGUGCCGGACAACGCGCUGGACCUGGUCCCGGUGCCGUGUGUUGCGGCCUACUCCGGCGGCGGGUCGCGGCGUCAUGGCUCGAAGAAGGGGAAGCGGCGGUCGUAGUUGUGUUUUGUGUG